AUGGCAUUGGACAGAUUAGACUUGACAGUGGUCAUUGUAUUGGCAGUUGCCGUUGCUGCUUACUUCAUUAAAAGUCAAUAUUUCAGUAAACCUGAAUCAAGUGGGUUUUUAAACACUGACACAGCUGGAGGUAAUUCUCGUGAUAUUUUGGCAACCUUGACCAAAAACCACAAAAAUACUUUGCUUUUAUUUGGGUCUCAAACAGGUACUGCUGAAGAUUAUUGUAAUAAGAUGUCUCGUGAAUUGAGUGCCAGAUUUGGGUUGAAAACAAUGGUUGCUGAUUUUGCUGAUUAUGAUUGGGACAAUUUUGGCGAUAUUAAAGAGGAUGUCUUGGUAUUUUUCAUUAUGGCUACUUAUGGUGAAGGUGAACCAACUGACAAUGCCAUUGAAUUUGUUGAUUUCUUGGAUAAUGAAGCUGAUACUUUGAGUACUUUGAGAUUUACUGUUUUUGGAUUGGGUAAUUCUACUUAUGAGUUUUUCAAUGCCAUUGGUAGAAAAAUCAAUGAAAAAUUGGAAUCAAAGGGAGCCGAAAGAUUUGCAGAAUAUGGUGAAGGUGAUGAUGGACAAGGUACUAUGGAUGAAGAUUUCCUUGCUUGGAAAGAUGGUGUUUUUGAUUCAUUAAGAAACAAUUUAAACCUUGAAGAAAAAGAAUUGAAGUAUGAACCAAGUUUGAAAUUGGAAAUUAGAGAUGAUUUGACUAUUGAUGAUUCUUCAGUGUCUUUGGGUGAACCCGACAAGUCAUAUGUCAAUACUAAAGCUGGUACUGAUUUGACUAAAGGUCCAUUUGAUCAUUCUCAUCCAUAUUUGGCGCCAAUCACCAAGAUUAAAGAAUUGUUUUUCACCAAGGAAAGAUCUUGUGUUCAUGUUGAGUUUGAUCUUUCCAACUCUAAUUUGAAAUACACUACUGGUGAUCAUUUAGCCAUUUGGCCAUCCAAUGCCAAUGAAUAUGUUGAGCUUUUCUUGAAGACAUUUGAUUUAACUGAACAACGUGAUGUGGUGUUUGAUUUGAAAGCACUUGAUUCUACUUAUCAAAUCCCAUUCCCAACUCCAAUUACUUAUGAAGCUGUUGUUAGACACCAUUUGGAAAUCAGUGGUCCUGUUUCGAGACAAUUUUUCCUUUCAAUUGCUGCAUUUGCACCAGAUGAAGAAACAAAGACCAAAUUAACCACUGUUGCUAAUGAUAAACAAAAGUAUGCUGAAGAAGUUACUCACAAAAAGUACAACAUUGCAGAUGGGUUAUUGUAUUUUUCCAAUGGGAAGCCAUGGACAAAAGUUCCAUUUGAAUUUUUGAUUGAAAAUGUUCAACAUUUCACUCCUCGUUAUUAUUCUAUCUCGUCGUCAUCAUUGAGUGAAAAGACUCACAUUGAUAUUACUGCAGUUGUUGAAGCUGAAACUGAAUCAGAUGGAAGAGUUGUUACCGGUGUUGUGACUAAUUUAUUGAAAGAUGUUGAAAUCAACAAGAAUUCAUCAUCUGAUAAGCCAAUUGUUAGUUAUGAUUUGAAAGGUCCACGAAAUAAGUUUCAAAAUUAUAAACUACCAGUUCAUGUGAGAAGAUCUACUUUUAAAUUGCCCAGUAGUAGCAAAACGCCAAUAAUUUUGGUUGGACCGGGUACAGGGGUUGCACCAUUGAGAGGUUUUGUUCGAGAAAGGGUGCAACAAUUGAAGAAUGGAGUCAAUGUUGGUCCAUCAUUGUUAUUUUAUGGAUGUAGGAAUGAAGAUGAGGAUUAUUUAUACCGUGAUGAAUGGCCACAGUAUGCCAAGGAAUUGGGUGAAUCAUUUGAAUUGAUUACUGCAUUUUCAAGAGCCAAUCCAAACAAGAAAGUUUAUGUUCAACACAAGAUUUUGGAACAAGCUAAAAAGAUUAAUCAAUUGUUGCAAGAUGGGGGUAUAAUUUAUGUUUGUGGAGAUGCUAGUCAUAUGGCUAGAGAUGUACAAGCAUCAUUUGCUAAAGUUUUGAGUCAAGAAAGAGGUAUUGAGUUGGAAAAGGCUGCUGAGUUGAUUAGAAGUUUGAAAGUGCAAAACAGAUAUCAAGAAGAUGUUUGGUAA